GUGCUGGCCCCUCCCCCGCCUGCCCCGUCCAGCCGGGAUUCCCCGGACCUCCAGCGGCAGUCAGUCAUGGCGUUUACGAGGAGCAGCGCGGGGCCGGCGGGGCCGACGGGGCCGACGGGGCCGACGGGGCCGACGGUGGGCGGAUGGCUGGCACUGGCCCUGCUCCUGGUGUCUGCUGGACAGACCUGCAGCUUUUCUCUUGGGUCUGAUCGCAGCCCUGGACCCACAUACAGAACGUAUUACUUUACCCAGAAGGUUGACCAUUUUGGUUUUUACGAGGACUCCGUGUUUAAGCAGCGCUACCUGAUCUCCGACACGCAUUGGAAGAAACCUGGAGGCCCCAUCUUGUUCUACACCGGCAACGAGGGCGACAUUACCUUAUUCUGCAAUAACACAGGGUUCAUGUGGGAUGUGGCUGAGGAGCUGCAGGCGAUGCUGGUCUUUGCCGAGCACCGAUAUUAUGGAGACUCCAUGCCGUUUGGGGAUUUAUCGUUUAGCGAUCCCAAAUACUUGAAUUAUUUGACGUCUGAACAGGCGCUCGCGGACUUCGCGGUUUUAAUCCGAUUCCUUAAAGAGAGCAUUAAAGGGGCUGAAGACAGCGCGGUUAUUGCCAUCGGAGGGUCCUACGGGGGGAUGUUGGCAGCCUGGUUUAGGAUGAAGUAUCCUCAUGUUGUUGAUGGGGCUCUAGCUUCGUCCGCCCCAAUCUGGCAGUUCGAGGAUCUGGUUCCGUGUAACACUUACUAUCAAAUCGUCACCAAUGACUUUAAAAAAAGCGGCCCCGGGUGUUCGGAGAGCGUCUUAAACUCCUGGGCCGCCAUUAACCGCGUGGCGGAAACCAGUGACGGCUUGCAGUGGUUGUCCAACGCGUUUCACCUGUGCGCGCCGCUCAAAAACAAGGACGACGUGGGCGCGUUUAAAGGCUGGUUGAUCGAGACGUGGGUGAGCCUGGCUAUGGUGGACUAUCCGUAUCCGGCCAACUUUUUGGAGCCCCUUCCUGCCUGGCCUAUCGAGGUCGUCUGCAAAUUUCUGAAGAACCCGAAAUCCGAAGAGAGAGAGCUUCUGGAGAAUAUUUUCCAGGCGGUGAACGUUUAUUAUAAUUACACGGGGAACGCGCCGUGCCUCAACACGUCCCAGACGGCGUCCGGCAGCCUCGGCGACCUGGGCUGGAGCUAUCAGGCCUGCACGGAAAUGGUGAUGCCGUUCUGCUCGGACGGAGUUAGCGAUAUGUUUGAGCCCCGUACGUGGGAUCUGCAGGCCUAUUCUGACGAUUGCUACAAGCAGUGGGGGGUCCGGCCUCGCGCUUCCUGGAUUACGUCCGUUUACGGCGGCAAGAACAUCAGUUCCUACAGCAACAUCAUCUUCAGUAAUGGCGGUCUUGAUCCGUGGUCUGCCGGCGGAGUGAAGGAAAGCAUCAGCGACUCCCUGGUGGCCAUUGUGAUUCCCGAAGGCGCGCAUCACCUGGACCUGCGCUCUAACAGCGCUUACGACCCGCGCUCCGUCCUGCAGGCGCGCGCACUGGAAGUGCAGUACAUGAAGAAAUGGAUCGAGCAGCACAGGGCCAGGAACGGCGUGUGACAUCAUCACUCCAUAUACCUCUGCCGGUCGUACCCGCACAGCCGGUGACCCUGAUAACCUCACUCAGGACUAUGAUUUUCCUAUUCUUAUAGAUUUCACUUUCAAACAACAAAUACCGUUUAUUUUUUUCUGUUUUUUUUUAAAAAAAAUAAAUAGUAUUUUCAAAAAUAUUCCUACAGGCGGGAUUUAUGUCGUUCCUUAACUAUUUCCUUUUUAAAUAAAAAAAAAAAAAAGCCACUUACAAAAAUAUUACAA